AUGAAAGAGUCCGAGAAAGCACCAGAGUGUGAAGCAACGUCACUACCCUUCCCGAACCCGAAGAAUGGCACCGUUGAGGAUGUUCCCAACCAUGGAGAGUUUCGCCGCUCGUUCACUCCCCGACAGAUUCACGUGUUAUCCCUAGGUGGACAGAUUGGCGCAGGGCUCUUCAUCUCCACAGGCACGAAUCUGCUCAACGGAGGCCCAGGGUCACUAGUGCUAGGAUUCAUUGUCGUCUGCACGUGUGUCUGGGGUAUGCUGCAGACCGUAUCAGAGAUUUCAAUAGCCUUCCCUGUCUCCGGUAAUUUCAUCGAGUAUGCAGACCGCUUUGUGGAUCCAGCUCUGUCGUUUGCUGCUGGUCUAUCCAUGUGGCUAGGAUGGACAGCGAUUGUAGCUGCUGAAGCGACCUUCUUCUCUGUCAUUGUCAACUACUGGGCUCAGAACAGAGUCCACGAUGCUGUGUGGUAUACUGUCUUCCUCCUCGUCAUGAUGAUCAUGUUCAUGUUGCCGAGUGUUUGGUUUGGUUGGUUUGAGUAUUGUGCUGCAAUUCUCAAAAUCAUUGCGCUCCUCAUAUUCGUCUUCGCUGGUUUCGCCAUGGUCCUUGGUGCUGGCCCGAAAGGCUACCUUCAUCAUGGUGAUGGAUGGAAAGAAGAUCCUUUCAAAAACGGCUUCAAAGGCUUCGCCAGUUCCGUUCUGCUCGCCGUACUCGCCAUUGGUGAUAAUUCUUUUACUGGCUUCCUUGCCGGCGAGGCCAAGUCUCCGCGAUAUUCGGUCGGACACGCCGCAUUUCUAAUCCCUAUUCGCGUGACUACGAUAUAUCUCGUCUGUAUAAUAUUCAUCAGUAUCCUCGUUUCGGCCGACUCCCCGUCUCUCUACGGGUCCUCUGGCGUUGCCGCGUCUCCAUUCGUCAUCGCUCUCAACGAAGCUGGCAUCACCGGUCUUCCCGAUUUUCUCAACUGCGUCAUUUUGGUUGCCGUGGCAUCCAUUGGGGCGGAGUCCAUAUUUAUUGCGUCCCGCAUGCUGCGCUUCAUGUCGCACCAAAAUCUGAUUCCGCAGUGGGUAGCGCAAGUGGAUUCGAAAGGGCGACCACGAUGGGCCAUAGCUAUCACUCUGGUUGCAGCCAUUGCCUUAACGUACUGCAAUCUGAGUGCUGGCGGUAUCGAAGUCUUCACUUGGCUGGCGCAAAUUGCGAGUACUGGUUACUUUAUGGUCUGGGUGGUUGUGGCUAUCAUCAGCUUCCGCUUCCGCGCCGCACUCAACGCGCAGAACGACCCGCUGUUCAAGGAACCGUACGCAUGGAAGUGUACUCUCUGGCCGAUGCCACCGAUCUUGCUUCUUACUUGCUGUUCUUUGUAUACAGCGUGCUCAUUCUAUCUCGGCUUGUACCCGAUCAGCGCGACGUCCCCGUCAGCAUACUCGUUCUUCCAGUACAUGAUCGGCUUACUUCUUAUCGUCUUCUCUGGUAUUGGAUAUAAGAUUGUCUUCCGCACGAAAUUGAGGAAUCCGGCGAAAGUGGACCUGCAUACGGGUCGGCGGACGCUGACUGAAGAGGAGAUCUUUGCACUUGAUGCUUACUAUUCGCAGUCAAAGGCGAAGAGGUUUUAUAGUUUCGUCCAGCUAUGGUGA